CGCUCUGCCCGACCGGCCCGAGGCGCGGAGCGCAGCAUGGAGCGGGCCGCGCUGUUCGGGAACGGCCGGCCGGCGCCGAUGGACGCGGGAGACGUGGGCGAGCUCCUGGUCCCUUACAUGCCCACCAUCCGGGUGCCCAAGACCGGCGACCGCGUCUACAAGACCGAGUGUGCCUUCUCCUACGACUCGCCCGAUUCUGAAGGCGGCCUUUAUGUUUGCAUGAACACUUUCCUUGGAUUUGGAAGGGAACAUGUGGAAAGGCAUUAUCGGAAGACGGGACAGUGUGUGUACAUGCAUUUAAAACGGCACGUGAAGGAGAAGGUAACAGGGGCAUCUGGUGGAGCUUUACCAAAAAGGAGAAACACCAAGCUAUUUUUAGAUUUAGAAUCCAAUGGUGAUUUAAACAAUGAUGAUUAUGAAUAUGAGGAUGAAGCUAAACUCGUUAUAUUCCCAGACCACUAUGAAAUUCCUCUACCCAACAUAGAAGAAUUACCAGCAUUGGUUACAAUAGCUUGUGAUGCAGUGCUCAGUUCGAAAUCUCCGUACAGAAAGCAAGAUCCAGACUCAUGGGAAGAAGAGCUGCAAGUCUCCAAACAUGCCAACACUCUUGUACAAAUGGACAAUGGAGUCAGAAUUCCACCAAGCGGCUGGAAAUGCUCAAAGUGUGACCUGCGGGAAAAUCUUUGGCUGAACCUUACAGAUGGGUCUGUAUUGUGUGGAAAGUGGUUCUUUGAUGGCAGUGGAGGAAAUGGGCAUGCACUGGAACACUACAAGGAGAUGGGCUAUCCCCUAGCAGUGAAGCUUGGAACAAUUACUCCUGAUGGUGCAGAUGUCUAUUCCUUUGAUGAAGAGGAGGCGGUUUUGGACCCUCACAUAGCCAAACACUUAGCACAUUUUGGAAUAGAUAUGCUUCAAAUGCAUGUAAUAGAGAAUGGCCUGAGGGAUAAUGAUAUCAAACCCCGAGUCUCUGAAUGGGAAGUGAUCCAGGAAUCUGGCAUGAAGCUAAAGCCAAUGUAUGGUCCAGGAUACACUGGCAUGAAAAAUCUGGGGAAUAGCUCCUAUGUCAACACUGUCCUGCAGGCAAUUUUCAGCAUCCCUGAAUUCCAGCGAGCGUACGUGGGAAACCUUCCGAGAAUAUUUGACUACUCCCCUUUGGACCCAACACAAGAUUUCAACACACAGAUGGCUAAAUUGGGACAUGGCCUUCUUUCAGGCCAGUAUUCUAAACCACCAGUGAAAUCCGAGCUCAUUGAACAGGUGAUGAAAGAAGAACACAAGCCGCAGCACAAUGGUAUUUCUCCUCGCAUGUUCAAAGCCUUUGUCAGCAAAGGGCACCCUGAAUUCUCCUCCAAUCGGCAACAAGAUGCACAAGAGUUCUUCUUGCACCUUAUAAACUUAAUAGAGAGGAACCGUAUUGGUUCAGAAAACCCAAGUGAUGUCUUCCGAUUCUUGGUGGAAGAGCGUACACAGUGCUGCCAAUCUAGGAAGGUCCGAUACACGCAGAGGGUGGACUAUCUCAUGCAGUUACCUGUGGCGAUGGAAGCUGCAACGAACAAAGAUGAGUUGAUUGCUUACGAGCUGAAGAGGAGAGAAGCAGAACUGGCCAGGAGACCCCCUCCAGAGCUUGUACGUGCCAGGAUCCCUUUUAGUGCUUGCCUGCAGGCCUUUUCUGAACCAGAGAAUGUGAAUGACUUCUGGAGCAGUGCCCUUCAAGCCAAGUCUGCUGGCGUUAAAACCUCUCGCUUUGCUUCGUUUCCUGAGUACCUUGUAAUGCAGAUAAAGAAGUUCACGUUUGGCCUUGACUGGAUACCCAAAAAACUUGAUGUUUCCAUAGACAUGCCAGAUCUUCUAGACAUCAGUCACCUCCGUGCUACAGGCCUUCAACCAGGAGAGGAGGAGCUUCCAGACAUCUCUCCACCCAUUAUCAUUCCUGAUGACCCCAAAGAUGGCAUGAUGAACCAUUUCAUGGAGCCACCAGACAUUGAUGAAUCCUCCGUGAUGCAGCUAGCCGAGAUGGGUUUUCCACUGGAAGCGUGCCGAAAAGCUGUCUACUAUACUGGCAACAUGGGUGCCGAGGUGGCUUUCAACUGGAUCAUUGCGCACAUGGAAGAACCAGAUUUUGCAGAGCCAUUAGCCAUCCCUGGUUACGGGGGAGCUGCUUUUCCUGGGGCAGGUGGACCAGGUGUUGCUGGGCUGGACAAUCAGCCACCAGAAGAGAUGGUUGCCAUCAUUGCCUCUAUGGGCUUCCAGCGGAAUAUAGCUCUUCAGGCACUACGGGCCACGAAUAAUAACUUGGAACAUGCAUUGGAUUGGAUCUUCAGCCACCCAGAGGCAGAGGAGGAGAAUGAAACUCUUACAGAUGCCAUGGACAUAGAAAACCACAUGAACGCCAACAUCCUCGAAGAAUCUGAUCCAGAAGGGCCCAGGAUCAAAGAUGGAUCUGGACGAUAUGAACUCUUUGGGUUCAUCAGUCACAUGGGAACAUCUACAAUGAGUGGCCAUUAUGUUUGUCAUCUCAAAAAGGAGGGAAGGUGGGUAAUCUACAAUGACCUUAAAGUCUGUGCCUCCGAGCGACCACCCAGGGAGUUGGGGUAUAUUUACUUUUACCACAGGAUACCAAGUUAGGCCUCAGCUAUGUUCUUUGGCCUUAAGAAGCCAUAAGCCUUUUUAUUCUGCCAAAAAAAUUGUUUCAAAUGAGCAAAGCCUUUGGACUGCCAAAAAAAGCAAAGCAAAAAGGAAGAGAUUUGGGUACCAUUUAUAGCUUAAAUCAGGAUUGGUCAUUUGAUGCCUUCUUAAACUUUAGUGGAGAGAUUUUCUGUUAGAUCACAGUGCAUCGUAGGAUUUCAAAAUUUAUACACAUUUUGUGGAGACCGUAAGACUGUUCUGAUUACUGGUGGAAUUUACAACAAGUACUUGGAGAACAGAAGGCUGCUCCCAAACCCACUUCAUACGUACCUUGCAGCUUGAAAGCCCCUGAAUGAAUCUUCUGGAAUUGGGGAUGGUAGCCAGCCACUGCCCUUGGCUGGGGAGUUCACUGCAAUAGAAGUGAUUAAAGUUUUGGUGAAGGAUCUUUUUGCUGUCAUGAAAAGUUGCUUAGCUGUGAGCUCUGUAUCUCUACGGUUAGAAAAAAAAAUGAAUAGAUCUACACAAAAAAGAAUGUAAUAGCCCAAGGUAUUUUGUGAAUGUCAGUGCUUGAAAUUAAGGUUAAUUACUCAAGCUAAGGGAGCUUGUAGUGUUGCCAAAUAGAAGACCUGGAUAUUCUUUUUUUCAAUUGGUGCUUCGAUUGGUUUGAAAACAUAUCUUGUAUUUCUAUGCCUUGAUCCAGCAGUUGCUGAUGGUUCACUUCAUAUAAGAAAGUGCUUCUUUCGUUCAUUUCAGUGGAUCUGUAUACACACCUGUAUGUGUGCGUACAUCUGCACCUCUCAUCACACGAUCAGUGUUCUUAUGUGCAAGAGCUUUGGGUGGGCAUUAGAGCUCACAGGGGGCUGCCAGUCAGUAGCUUUUCCAAUGGGACAGCCAUUUCGGCCAUAUGUUUCCUGAACUGAAUUUACACCUGUUUGUUUUUUCAGUUGUAUGCCACUCAAGAGUGCCUGUUGAACACUUCUCACAAAUUUUUAAAAGGGGGGCAAUGGCCCUUUAAGUAGAAACUUAAAAAAUCCAUUGACAGUGACAGUCCUGGAGUAAAUGACUUUCUGGCAAUCAAGAAUGCACUGCCCUGCUUUCUAGCAGAGGCUGUUACAUUUUUAAAAAACUUUUCUUGAGUAGAGGAUAUAGCUUGGUAAAAAUGCUGAUGGACUGAUCUUUCUAUUUUAUUUCUAAAAUCAUAUUGACCUGUAAGUAUUUGCAAAGGAGCUGGUCAUCUGAUAUUCCAUUCCCAGGCCACUCUUUCCAAAAGACCUCUUCCUUUUUUUACUUCUUCCCACUGUCUUUCUGAACUUAUUAACAUCUUAGGAGGGGUUUCAGUCUUGUUCUGCAUUAUUAUGUGAAUUCAAGGCCCUGAAAAUUUUUUCUCCUGCUUUUCUUGCCAUUGUUAAAUCACUUGAUAGAGACUUACAAAAGUUAAUAUGGGGAUGUCUAAUUAACUUGAUGGAGCCAAUUCAACUGCUAGCAUUAGCAGUUAGCAAGCAAGCCUGAAUAAAGUUUAGAUGUUCCAUUCCCAGGCCACUCUUUCCAAAAGACCCUUCCAGUUUUUACUUUCUCCGACUGUCUUUCUGAACUUCUGGCAAGCUCCAUUUGCCAGAAGUUCAGGAGCCAUUAUAAAGUGGGUGCAUGUGUGUGCAUGAGAGAGCGCAAGAGAGAGAGAGAGAGCGCGCGCGCGAGAGAGAGAUGUAGGCAGCUCCUGCACAGAUCGGUCUGAGUUGUUACUAUUUUUACUUGAAGUUCGUAUCGCUGGAGACAAACAAGCUGCAACUUAAGGCCUUGUGUAUCAAGUCAGAUUCCUGAAAUCAGGUGGCCAGAAAAGACAAAAUAAUGCAUUCCAGUACAAAAGUACUGUCAGUGGUGAAUCUGUAGCCUUUACCUUAGGAGCAGUUUCUGUCCAAGCCUCCACUCUGACACAUGCGCUCACACACACUGUGGCUUCACCGAAGCACUGCUGCUGCAUAUUAAAACGCUGAUCUGUUUCACAGCCUUGUCUGGGUCUUUCUUCAAUUACAGCUUCCCAAUCAUUAUGCACACAAUCAAAAUCUUCUGGCUUCUCCUCCACUCCUCUGCUUUGCACGCACGACUUGCAGGAAAGUUCAUCUGACAGUUUAAAUAGAACCUGGGUUUGUCUUACCGUGUUCUUAGUUAAUUUCAUUUAACUAAGAUCUGUUUUGCCUUGGAAACUGAAGCAAAAUGGCCUUUUGACCUAAAAGGCUAUUUCAAAGGAGGUGAGAUCUGAUUGGCUGCCUUCCUGUAUUUAGAUUAAAAUAGUGAGAUCUCAGCAAACUAAGAUAGGAUGCUGCUAUCUAAAACGGCUGUGUGAAUGAGAGAAAGAAGGGUGAUGGGUCAUUUGUCAGACAUGUACUCAUUGCAUUGACUUCUGCAUUUGUUUUAGAGCAAAUUGCGGCGCCAUUUUGCCUAAGUGGUGUUUGGGAUUUAGUACCAUAAAGAAUGCAGGGUAGGAAGCAGAAUACAGCAGCAUUCAGUGACUCUUGAUGCUGCUUGUUCAAGCACAUUUCCUCCAAAUCCCAAACUUCACCACAGUAUGAUUAAUGUGUAUCUUCCUGUUCUGAAUAUGGGGUGGAAUGAACUUGCCAUGGUAAGGCCUACAAUCUGGUUGAAGACAAACCUUGGACCCAAUCCAUUAGGAAUGUGUUCUGAAUAAAAGCCCCGUGGAAAUGAAAUGGGGUGUUUACAAGAGUACAGGUUACUCCCGUGAUCAACUCCCCCUUCAUUGGAACACUGUUCAGAGGGGUAUUGAUGGAUCAUUCCAUUUUUUAAGGACAGAAUGGUACACUCAAGGCCUGUGAACUUGACUUGAGCCCCAUUUUGCCUGUUAUUAUUUGAAUCAUGAUCUUGCUGUAUCAUAAAUAAAGCUGACAGAAGGUUAGUGGUUUUGAGGAUGAAGGCAAGACUUCCCUUUAAGAUGCCUUCCCUCCCCACCUGAACUGGCAUAGUGCGUGGGGAGCAGCAGCUGCUGCUCAGGUAUGGGCAAGAUAUUCAUGCUUACCAUGAGGGCACCGCCCUUAUACACAUCUGAGGUGACAGCUUAGGGCAACCAUCCUCAACCUGGUGCCUUCCAGAUGUGUCUAACUGGGGAUGAUGAGAGUUGUGGUCCAACAUACCUUCCUUGUGAAGACUUUGAGUGACUUUAGACUGAGUUUAAACACUUGGGAAUGUUCUUUCCCUCUGGAUUAUGGAGAAUUGGGGUGUUUGUGGGGGGAGUGAGACUGAGCUUUGGAUUUCCUUAUUAUGGGAAUUUUGGUAGUCCUUUUCCUCCAGGUGAGGGUCCCUUGUACCCCAUUACUCACAGAGGAUAUUCAGCCUUAUCCCACUCUGUACUGCUGGUAAUAGUUGGUUUCCAGUGCUUGCCCACUUUUUGGGACUUGGAGCAUCAUAUGUUUAGCUGACAUUUUGGAGGAAUAUAUAUGCAUCUGAAGCAUGUAUGACUUGGCAGAUAUGUUCCUUCACCCCCCCCCCACCCCCCAAUCUAGACCAUCUGUACCAAAGCAAACGGGUCUUUGACUCAUGGGUUCCUAUGCAAUCCAGGCUUAAUAUUCACUUUGCUGACAAAAAAAAAUGGAAAUUAUUUUACAUGUCCAAACUGAGGAGGAAGACCCUCCAAACUUUUGAAAAUAUUGAUGUCCAUUUUUUAAAAAUCAUCCUCCUCCAUAUGGCUGAUGCCAGGUUGGAAUGGAAAGUAUAGUUAAUGUUUGACUAACAGAGGAAGUUUAUUGGAUAUGAAAAUUGAUAUCAAUUGCAUAAAGUGGAGUUCCUCUUAUUUGCCAGCCAUAUCAUAAUAAUUGGUGAUAAACUGAAGCCGAGUAAUGAUGGUUUGACAUUUGGUACACUGAGGGCAAUUUGUUGAAGUAAUACAAGGAGCAGACCUAUGCAUAAAAUUUACAUCUUGGAUGGUUAUGAACAUCUUUUCUGGAGGACCACCCUGUGAGUCAAAUCCUUCAUUCCUGUUGUAUCCUGUUGGGGCUCUCUAUAUGUAGCUUACUCCAGGAGAACUUUUCCACAUUCAGUGCACUGAUGAGAUUACUAGCUCAUGGCAUGAGUUUAUGAAGAUUCAGAAGCUUUAAAAUCCUCCCCAUGGGAGGAGUCGCAUCAUAUUGUCAUACCGACACCACUUCCUAGCAGCAGCACAGGUGAAUUGUGGGGCUUGAAAAUAGUCCCCCUGCACUUACGCCAGUAUCACUGAAUGUGAUGUGUUUUAAAGCAUCUGAAUUGGCCUGUUGUGUUAAACACUCUCAAGACAAAAGCAUUAGAUGCCGAUUGCAGUAUUCCGAACUGGAUCACCAGCUUUAGUUUUCCGCUUUUGUUGCAGUUUUCCUAGUUUAUAUGAAUUGUGGGGCAUUAAAUGACUAUGCAGAAUUACAGAACUAGAUGUGCCUUUUGAUCUCCCCUUCCCUACUUCUCAAACUGGAUUGGAUCAAUAUGCAAGGCCUUUCUCACCACUUGAAGUCAGCUACUGUAUCUUGGAAGCAUUUGACGUUUCGAUGAGUUUUGCACUGCUCACUUGAAAUACUUUUAAUGUUCUGGAGAGGAAUUGUCUGCCACAUGAAGGGAUAUGAAUGAGGUAUUGUUGCAACUGUUUUAAAUUAAAAAAAGCUCACAUUGA